AUGGUGAUUUAUUCCAUCCUCCUUGCCGAUUUAAAAGUUGGGCGCUGCUUCAACACCACCGAAGUUCACUUGCUGAGGUUUUGGGAGGCCAGAAAUGUGAGGAAAGGUGGUGAAAUCAUGAGUCUAGACAUGCUCCUCAUCGACGAGAAUUCGACGAUUAUUCAAGGUUAUGUUAAUGCGAACCUUCAAUUCAUGUUCAUGAAGCAUCUCAGCGAAAGGUCAGUCUACAGGUUGAGCGGAUUCGAUGUAACAUGCAGCAACCCCAAUUUCCGGAUGUUGUAUGCCCCUUUCUCCAUUCGGUUCAAUAAUGAAACCUCUUUAGUUAAGAAAAUAAUAUUUAUUAGGCCCAUACCUUGUCUGAAGUAUAAAUGUGAUAUUACCGGAAUCUUAAAUUAUACUUAUAAGUAUUAG